AUGGCUAGCUCAAGCGCAGAUAAUUUGGCUGCUAUUGCAUCCGCUGACGACGGUAGCGUUUCUCUAUCCACCCGUGCUCAGGAGGGAUUGGACAACUACAUACGCAACUUGUCUCUGAAUGACGAACAGAAACCGAAUGGAAUGGAUGAAGAGCCACUCCAGGACACAGAUCAACAACAAGACCAGGUUGGCAGCUUUGCUGUAGCUGACGACGAAAUUGAUUCUGUCGCGUCAUUCUCCGACCACACAGCCGUUGAGUCCCCUUUAGAGACCACUCCUCCGUUAGAGGUUCACCGUUCUUCCGUUCCGGAUACGCAGUCUGCGCAGUCCGGGAACUCCAUCGAUGACAUCUCGCGCUCCAUCGACGAGUUUGCUAGCGGUCUGGCGGGCGAGGACGCCAGGCAGAUGGCAAACGAGGAGUUUGAGCAAGAUCUGGCUGAGCCAGAAAAUAGUCCGCAGACUAAGCCUGGAACUGGCGCAGAGGAGUUUAGGGGACAGUUUUUGAACGACUUCGAUACCAGCGAGGAGCAUUCAGAGAUACAUAACGAUACCAUUCGCACCUCGUUCGACGCAUCAACAGACGCUUCGUCAAGCCGGGCUCCCGACGAACACUCGUCGUUGUCGUACUCUUCUCUACCUUCGAAUUCACCCUCAGACAGGUUUUCCUGGCAACAGAACGACGACCAGUUCUCAUUUGCGGGCCACGAAACACGGUCUGUGAGCUCGUCGGGCUCGUUGUCGACCAGACGCACCUACGACUUGUCAGAUAGCUACUCCGAAAGCGUGCCCGGAGAAGAUUCCGAGGCCGACCAGUUCAGACAGGUUUUUGUGCGCCAGAACACAAAGGACACCGUGAGAUUGGUGAAGUCAGAGACUCUGGGGUCUUCAGUGUACGAAGACCUCAGAAGCGAGCGCUACCAGGGAAGGAUUCCUAUUGCCAAGCCUCCAAUUCGGCAGACCCGUGUGCGAUCCAUGCUUAUUGACGAAGUGCCGGAGCCUCGCACCAACAGCCGAGUUGCAAGCGAGACAUCGCAAGAUACCAAGGAAACAAAAGAGACUGUCAAGGAGGCCCCUGUCAUAACGGCGUUUCCCGACGCGGACCUGAAAAAAAUCAUGCAGCUGCCAACAACUGAAAAACGACUCGCAGCGCUGCAGAAAGCACGACAGGAGCUCAUGGAGUACGACACGGGGCUUUCCGGGUAUCUGCACGAGGCCAUCAAGGCCGGCUCCAAGUCGUUCGCCAACACCGACUCGCAGUUGGGACCAAACGUGCUGAACGCGUUCAAAAACUCGGACCAGUACCAUUCGAGCACGCCGUCAACCGCAGAGCUGGCAAACGAUCUUCUGCGCACCUCCUCCGUGAUCAAACAGAAGGGACGCAACUUGCUACGGAAAAUACAUCUGAAAUAA